AUGUCUGCCACCAUCCCUGCCAAACACAUGCCCUCCCUCCCGUACACGUCCCCUGCGACCCCGCUUCAAACCCUCGAUAUCUGGCUCCCAGAGGCCCAAUCCCAAGACACAGACUCCUCCCCACCCGCACUAUGGAUCCUCUACAUCCACGGCGGUGCCUGGCGCGACCCGACCAAAGACUCGCACCAGGCAUCGCAAGUCUAA